AUGGUUUCCACAAUAGAAGAGUGGGGCUAUUGUGGAUUAAUUAAAUAUAUUGGCCGAUUUUCCCGCAUGUUUGGCUCAUUUCCGUUUAUAAUGUCAUCUGAACCAAAAGUCGCAACAUGGCAAAAGUACUAUGGAAUAUUUAUCAUCCUACCAUGGAUAAAUACUGAUUUCUUCUAUUCUCUAUAUAUAGAGACUAAGGACAUUACAGAAAGUUCUGGCAAUGCAUGGCCUGUGAUAUAUUUAAUUUAUACAGCAUUCUCAGUGUUGUAUAUCAAUAUGGCUGUUUGGACCGCACCAACCCGCAUUUAUUCCUGGAUAUCGUGUUUAAAGAAUAUUGAAAAGAUAUUAAUAAGAACUAAGGAAACAGAUAAACAGGAAUUGUUUAAAUGUAAAGUGUUAACUGUCUACUUAAUAACUACAUUAUUUGCUAUAUUCGCAAAUUCUGUAAAGUUGUGUAUGGAUUUGGAUAAAUGCACGAACUCCCAAAACUUCAGCCAUGGAGAAGGAGCUGAGAAAAUUCGCAAACUUACUAGUUCCUAUAAGAUAAUAAGUGAUGUAAUUAAGACAGUUAUGGAGUCUGGGGAAAUGGGCUUCUUUUUAUACAUUAUGGGUAACCUUGUACGUUUGAUGACUAGGGCCAAUGACUAUGUUUAUUUGAAUUAUGCCGUCCAUGGGGAGAAUUUUGACGGAUCCUACAUGCUCACAAGCAUCUUGGAGAUAUUCUGGUGUACCCAAAUUGUUGCGAAAUCAUUUCUGUUUUGCGAGGGACCCCAUCAAAUUCAACGCCAGUUGCAAGAAACUCAAGACUUAAUCGCGAGACUGAAGAAGAAAUAUCACGAGGAUAAUAUAUCAAAUUACUUACACUUAUUUCUUCGUUUGACGAGGCUCAAUCGACCCACUUUUACGCCGCUUAGCGUCUGUACUCUGAAUAGGGGUUUAGUUGCUAAGAUACGUGGCACGCUGGCGACAUAG